AUGGCGAACUCGAGCCAGUCUCGAGCAUUUCCGCAGCCUUGGAUGGCUCCCCUCAAACUUCAAGCCCUUGACACUCAAGGGCCUUGCCGUGGUCGAGCGAUACUAGCGGAGUAUUUUGGCCUGUUUGCUCGACGUCGUCCGAAUGAUAACAUCUAUAAACAGAUACGACGGUUUCUUAAUCAAGUAUUCCCUGCCGAACACAUGAUCCCAAGGUGUAUGAAGGAUAAGAACACUCUGGAUAUGGAUAUUUUCUGUGUCCUCUAUCGUCAUCACUGGACACACUCGAGAUUUUUCCGCCAUGGGACUCUGGUCCACUAUUACCGGGACUCGACCGGUGUACUACUUCCGCAGGAUGCCUCCCCGGCCGCCAGACCAUCCCUGGGCAAACGGAAACAGGAGGUGUCUUCCCAGAGUGACCUUCCCAAACACGUUUCCGUGGAUACUCUUCCGGACCCUGUCUGCUACCGCGACAUUGAGCUCUUUUACCUUAAAGACCCAGAUGGCAAGCGCGAUGUCCUUUGUGCCAUCAUCGAGUUUCGCAAUCUUAACAGUCGGCCAGAAGGUGCGAAUGGAACCAAGUUCUUUAUACACGGUGAUUAUCAACUAGCAUACUACCUAAUCACCCAAAUUAUCUCCUACGCAUUUCGUGAUGGGGCAUUUCUCAACACUGCGUUGACACCGGACCUAAUAUGGAGGCUGCGAGUUCCAAAACGCCUCCCGUCUCUUCCUCUCCGGUGGAAGCCAGAGAUGCUCGAUAUUCCCCUCCUUCGGUGCGUUGUACGCACCCCUCACGGCGACGAGAUCCAUAAGUCAUUCGAGGACGAUAUUGUCCAUUAUAAUUAUCGACGCUGGGUUGCCAAUGAAGUUAACCGGAACUUUAAACGAGCUAGGAGCGGCAAAGAGUGCUCGCGUGUCAUUUUCCCGCGCUGGACAGGCAGGGCAUUUCCAUCUAGCGUCCAGAACUCUGUUUUAUUGCCCAUGACAGUGCAUUCUUUGCCUGGAGUGAUGGACGAGGCAUACCUUCCGCAAUGGGGCCAGUUACCCGUCGAGCAGUACUUCAUCAAACACUGGGAUCACUCCUCAUCUGAGCCCACUGGAGACCAGCGCCUCCGACUGAUCCACCGGUUCUUAGAUCUAGAUGAGAUUCCGGGGGAACUGGACCCUACUUAUCAUGCCUCGGAGACUUACGAAACACCGUCACGUUUCCCUACGGCCCAUGAAAUUGACACUAUCCUCCGCCCCUGGCGCUCUGACAACCUGCGGAAGAUAGCGUGGAGGAUUUGGGGGAGUGAUAACAAUCAGUUGAUUUUGUUGCGCACUCACUAUAAUGCCGAUGACAACGACAAGAUCACAGAAUUAGUAGGGUCCGAUGAGCUCGACGAGGAGGAUAUAGCCUGGUGGGCCCUUCUUGAUAAUCCCGAACUCUUCAAUUUCGGCGACCAGUGGUGGCGAGUCUUCGAUAUCUUGCCAGAGUUAGCCGGCCCUUUAAAUGGUUAUAGCCGCCUGCCGAACCCAGAACAUAUCUCACGGGAUAGACAGUCUUUCAAGAAUAAACUACCGACCCUCAAACAAAGCGACGAAUGGAGGGCGGAUCGUGAUAAUUAUAUUGAAAGAGAGAGUGCAUUCCUUCGGCGAACAGCUUCAAAGGGCUAUUUUGCUAUUGCGGAUCAGGAAGCUUUUGAAACGGAUAUGCUACGGUUAAUCUAUUACGACGGGAAGAUGAAUAUUGUCCAAGAGACCCGGAUAGAAUUCAGUGAGCAGACAUUUGCUGAUGUUGCUGUUGAAUGGGAAGAGUUGUCGCUUCCUUCUCAAUUAUGGGAGGACGGAAUGACUGGUGAGAAGUAUCGAGUGAAUGGGGAGCUAGGAAGGGAGUUAUAUCAGCUAGAUGAGGCUGAUCUGGAAUAA